GCCCCAGCUCAGUCCCCUGUCCCCCAGCAGGCCCCAGCUAUGUCUCCUGAACCCCCUAAGGAGGUGGAACUUUCUCCCACACAGCAGGAGGCCCCAGCUCAGUCCCCUGUCCCCCAGCAGGCCCCAGCUAUAUCUCCUGAGCCCCCUAAGGAGGCGGAAUCUUCUCCCACACAGCCAGAGGCCCCAGCUCAGCCUUCAGAGCCCCCUCAGAAGGUAGAACCAUGUCCAGCCCAGCAGGAAACCCCAGCUCAGCCUCUAGAACUCCCUGACAAAGUAGAACCUUUUCCAGUCUCUCAAGACACCCAUUCUCAGCUUCCACAGUCUCCUGAGAAGGUAGAAUCCUCUCCAGUCCUGCAAGAAGCCCCAUCUCUACCUCUAGAGCCCCUUAAGGAGGUAGAACCUUCUCCAACCCAGCAGGAGGCUCCAGCUCAGCCUCCAGAACCACCUAAGGAGGCUGUAGCACAACCUCCAGUCCAUAAUGAGGUAACAGUUCCACCUCUAGGACAAGAGCAAGCUCAGCCUUCAAACUUGCCCAGUGCCACUGUUAAACCUGCUGACCUGGAGCUUACUGUAACUCCAGAACCUACUACAGAGGCUGAGCAUUCCAUGGCCCUGCAGCAGACUCUAUCUCUUCCAGAGGACCCCAAGGUGACACUUCCACAUCCAGAGCACGUUCAGGCUCAGCAACCAAAUGUGACCGAAGUCACAGUUCAACCUUUAGACCUGGAGCUUACCGUAACUCCAGAACCCACUAUAGAGGUUGAACAUUCUACAGCCCUGAAGAAAACUGUAGCUCCUCCAAAGGACCUCGAAGUGACAUUGGCACACCUAGAGCAGGUUCAGACUCAGCAUCCAACUUUGGCUGAAGUCACAGUUCAACCUUUGGAUCUGGGGCUUACCAUAACUCCAGAAUUUACUAAGGAGACUGAACUUUCUCUACCUAUGCAGGGGACCCCAAUUCAGCCUCCAGAGCCACCUAAGGAGGUUGUUGUAGCUCAAUCUCCAGUAUAUCAGGAGGAGAUUGUUCAGACACCAGGUUCUGAACAUUUUACAACCCUAAAAAAGACUACAUCUCCUCCAAAAGACCUUGAGGUGACACUUGCACAUUCAGAGCAGGUUCAGUCUCACCGUCCAACCUUAAAUAAAGUCACAGUUGAACUUACCAUAAGUCCAGAAUCUACUACCGAGGUUGAACCUUCUCCAGCCAUGCAUGAGACCCCACAUCAGCAUCCAGAGCCACCUAAGGAACUUGUAUCUCAACCUCCCGUAUAUCAGGAGGCAGCAGUUCCAACACCACGUCAGGAUCAAGCUCAGCAUCGGUGGUCACCAAAUGUGACAGUUCAACCUUUGGACCUGGAGCUUACCAUAACUCCAGAAUCUACUACAGAGGCUAAACAGUCUGCAACCCUGCAGCAGACCACCACUCCUCCAAAGGACCUUGAGGUGACAUUUCCACAGUCAGAGCAGGUUCGGGUUCAGCAUCCAACCUUAAAUAAAGUCACGGUUAAACCUUUGGACCUGGGGCUGAUCAUAACUCCAGAACCUACUACAGAGACCGAAACUUCUCCAACCAUGCAAGAGACCCCAACCCAUCCUCCAGAGCCACCUAACGAGGUUGUAGUUCAAUAUCCAUUCUAUCAGGAGGUGACAGCUCCAACUCCAAGUAAGGAUCAAGGUCAGCAUCCAGCGUCACCCAGCACCACAUUUCAUCAUGUGGACUUGGGGCUUACCAUUACUCCAGAACCUAUUAUGGAGGCUGCACAUUCUACAACCACGAAGAAGACUACAGCUCCUCCUCCAAAGGACCUUGAGGUGACACUUGCCCGUCCAGAACAGGUUCAGAGUCAACAUCCAAACCUGACUGAAGUCACGGUUCCACCUAUGGACCUGGAAAUUACUGUAACUGCAGGAUCCAAUAUGGAGGUUGAACCUUCUCCAACCAUGCAGGAGAUCCCAACUCAGCCUCCAGAGCCACCUCCAGUCCAGCAGGAGGCCCCAGCUCAGUCCCCUGUCCCCCAGCAGGCCCCAGCUAUGCCUCCUGAACCCAGUUAUAGUUCAAUAUCCAUUCCAUCAGGAGGUGACAGCUCCAACUCCAAGUAA